CGGACUGUGGAGGUUGCACUUCAGAAGAGUCUGUUGAUUAUGUGCUUGAUAUUAUCGCCGAGGUAUCUUUUUGUAUUUUUCUGCCGGGGAUGGGCCAGAUUGGGAAGGGCGGUACGAGGGUGAGACUUGGCGUUGGUGUUUUGGAACAUCAAAGAUGGACAGGGUUUUCGCGGAGGUCGCUCCUCGGAUAUCUCCACAACUACAGGUCGGGGAUCUUCCAAAAUCGAGAAGAUUGGUGCAUAUGGCUAGGUCACUUCACCUUACACUUUGUAUGGCACUCUGGCCCGGGGUUGUGGUGUGGUAGGGGAGAACGGGGGAUAAUCCCACACAGGAGCUUCGAACAACGUCCGGUUCACGUUUGGCUGGAUAACUCCACCACCACACGGGGUAUGCGGUCGGCGAUGGGGUCAAAAUGCUCGUAUGAUCGAGGGCUUUUCGAUGGAUCUAUCGGCGGGUUCUUAUUCGAAAAAUCGAGCGAGUUCGUGGUGGAGCGGUUGGCUGUAUAUAAAGUUGUGAUAUUUACAGAUAUUAAGAAGCUUUUCAUAACUGUAAAGUUUAAUAUUGCAGAGAUAUUCACUCUGAUGAAUUUCUUUGAAAUGAUAGAUCUGUAUCAGUCUAUUCUCUGA